GCUCGGAGCGGCCGGCGCGGACUCACGCAGCGCGCCCGGGCCGCCCCUCCUCCCGGCGCCGCCGGCCGCGGCCCAGGCUCCCUCGCUCCGCCACUCCCCGCCCCUCCGCGCUCCCUCCCCGCCCUCCCCGCGCCGCCACCGCCUCCUCCUCCCGGCCUCCCUCUCCCAGCCAAACUGAAAGCCGGACCCCAGGCCGCCGCGUCGCCGCCCGGCCUCCCCGCCAGCGCGCCACCAUGGGCAGUCCCGGUUUCCCCUUGUAAAGAUGGCGGUGAGGGAUCGCUGCAACCUUUAGACUAAUGACUGUCCGAAACAUCGCCUCCAUCUGUAAUAUGGGCACCAAUGCCUCUGCUCUGGAAAAAGACAUUGGUCCAGAGCAGUUUCCAAUCAAUGAACACUAUUUCGGAUUGGUCAAUUUUGGAAACACAUGCUACUGUAACUCCGUGCUUCAGGCGUUGUACUUCUGCCGGCCGUUCCGGGAGAAUGUCUUGGCAUACAAGGCCCAGCAAAAGAAGAAGGAAAACUUGCUGACGUGCCUGGCGGACCUUUUCCACAGCAUUGCCACGCAGAAGAAGAAGGUUGGCGUCAUCCCACCAAAGAAGUUCAUUUCAAGGCUGAGAAAAGAGAAUGAUCUCUUUGAUAACUACAUGCAGCAGGAUGCUCAUGAAUUUUUAAAUUAUUUGCUAAACACUAUUGCGGACAUCCUGCAGGAGGAGAAGAAACAGGAAAAACAAAACGGAAAAUUAAAAAAUGGCAACAUGAACGAACCUGCGGAAAAUAACAAACCAGAACUCACCUGGGUCCAUGAGAUUUUUCAGGGAACACUCACCAAUGAAACUCGAUGCUUGAACUGUGAAACUGUUAGUAGCAAAGAUGAAGAUUUCCUUGACCUUUCUGUUGAUGUGGAGCAGAAUACAUCCAUUACGCACUGUCUAAGAGACUUCAGCAACACAGAAACACUGUGUAGUGAACAAAAAUAUUAUUGUGAAACAUGCUGCAGCAAACAGGAAGCCCAGAAAAGGAUGAGAGUAAAAAAGCUGCCCAUGAUCUUGGCCCUACAUCUAAAGCGGUUCAAGUACAUGGAACAGUUGCACAGAUACACCAAGCUGUCUUACCGUGUGGUCUUCCCUCUGGAGCUCCGGCUCUUCAACACCUCCAGUGAUGCAGUGAACCUGGACCGCAUGUAUGACCUGGUUGCUGUGGUUGUUCACUGUGGCAGUGGUCCUAAUCGUGGGCAUUAUAUCACUAUUGUGAAAAGUCACGGCUUCUGGCUUUUGUUUGAUGAUGACAUUGUAGAGAAAAUAGAUGCUCAAGCUAUUGAAGAAUUCUAUGGCCUGACAUCAGAUAUAUCGAAAAAUUCAGAAUCUGGAUAUAUUUUAUUCUAUCAGUCAAGAGAGUAACUUAAAAGAACUGUGGGACUAAUUCAAGUGGGGGGAAAUGUUCAAAGCACUAUUACCUGGUUUCUCUGCAGUCUUUCUUCUUCCCUAGUGGCCCACUAUGAUAUCACUCCAAGUCUCAAUGGUCUGGCUGUGUUAGACUCUCUCCUUUUCUGUUUUUACAUACAACACUACUCUUGGUUUUAUUUCGGUCUGAGGUAGAGUUAACUGCAAUCAGAUUGUAGUCAGAUUUAUAUGAAUAACAGUUGCUAAUUUUAGGAUUGGGUGAAAGCUAUGCCAUUCGUUAUGUCUGGCUGUAUUAGAGUGACAUUUCCUAUGAAUGUCUACAGUCUAUUUUAAGUGUUUGCUAAACUUCUACGGCUUCCAGGGUCUUCUUACAAUGCAUUCCUUUAACUUGUCCCUGGAAGCAUUGCUACCCAUUUUCAACUUCUCCACCUCUUUUCUCAUACAAGGACAGAAGAAUUGGGUAGAUAAUCACCUUUUAGGGUUGCAACUAUAGCUUUAAGUUUGUGCAAGUGAAAAUGUUGAAAAGUGAGUAACCUCGAUACUAAAAUCAUCCUGGACAUGGAACAGGGUGAAGAGAAGCUGUCCGUGGUGGCUGGUGCUGGCUGGCAUUGGCACUGGGCUGUGCUGACCUUGCUGUUAGAAUUCCAGGGGUUAAGAAGGCUCAGGGCAGGCAAAGCCAAAAGGAGGAAAUUUUUGUGGACAAUGAAAAGUUACUUUUUGUACGUUUCUACCAAAACCAAGUUUCAGGAAAAUAACUCUGUGCUAUUUAUUUUCAGUCACACUUCUUCUGUAAGGCCCUGUGAGUUGUGUUUAUUCUGUAUCCGGCACUGCUAAGCUUUUCAAGGUAUCUUUCCACUCCUGUUGGUGUGUGCAGUCAGUGGCUGCAGGGCUGGCACACCUCCCCUUAGCCAGUCAGCAUCGACAUUGUUCCUUAUCAGGAAUAGCAAAGGCACUGCAUCUUUCCAGCUAUCAGCACAUUGUACAACUUAACUUUUUAACAUAGUCCUUCUGUUUACUGAGGCACUGGCGAGUCCCAGGGCUGAUAUAGAACCUUCCCUAGAGGGAAUACCAGAGUUAGCUGGGUAUGAAGGUGGCUCAGAGGAAGUGUCUGUGGGCAGGGGGAGGAAUGAACAGAAUGGCGCUGUUUCUUUGGGUCAGACUCCUAGAAUGCUCGAGAAGACAGAUUUUUUUUGGAAGAACCUCAUCUCACUGUAGUUACUUUUUUCCCUUUUAUUAUAUAUGUAUUUAUUAGAGCAUUUGAGUACUGGUACCUUUAAUUAAAAGGGUCGUUUGGUGUUUUGCCGUUGAGCUGGUUUUUGAGUCAUAGAUCUUGGCUUCCUUUGGAAGUCACUUAACUUCCACACACUAUAAUAAACUGUGAACAUAUUUUUGUUACCUAAUGCAUCCGCUGAUGAACAUGCAAACUUUGGGCAUAAUGUGAACUAAAAUGGAAAUGGAAAAUGUAAGUGGCCAUUUUACAACAAUGAAGAGGAUAGCACUUUAUCUAGAUGAAAACUGGAUUUCUUGUCUUUGGAAUAUCUUGAACUGUUUAUUGCUCAGAACUUAAGUAAGCAUGCCAACAUUUCAUCUGUUUAUGCUUGAAGUGAAAUGUUUUACUUUUCACUGGAGAAGACAAAACAGGGUGAUCUUCAUGUUAUUGUUUCAUAUAUGUGAUGGAAAUGUACCUUGCCUUGUUUAGAGGCGAUUUCAUAUUUAUAAAUAUUUUCUUUUUAUCCUCCAUGAAACUUACGCAGUGAUCACUACCUGGAAGGUGAGUCUUUAUUCUCUUUUUAAGGAGAGGCGCUUUCCAACUGAUGGUGAUUGAUGUAGGGAAAUGUUUGUACUAUACAGAAUCCAUAUAUUUGACUGCAAGUUACAAAGUUUUAAGAAAAUGAUGGUUGGUCUCUAAUAUAUUUGGAACUGAUUCUUAAGAAGAACUAUUAAAAUUAUAUUUGAAACAACUCUUGAAACUAAUUUAUUAGAAAAAAGAUUUCAAUUGGAAACCCAUAGAAGUAAUUUUUACAUGCUAAGUCAUAAGUUCAGGAUAUUUCUUUUCUAUUUGGUUGUGCAAAAAGUUUUUCCCAGUGAUUUAAGCAAAGUAAUUCCUUUUAAUAGAAAGAGUCAGUUAAAAUUUAGCAUUCAUGGAUACAUUUUUGGAAUGAAAAAGGAUAUGUGUAAGAAAAUAUUGCAAAGGCAUUAAAACAGUUGUAUGGUGCAGGAAAAAAAGAUAGGUAAAAGACCAAAACAUACUUCUCCAGCAACACUCCAUUCGUUUUUUAAAAUUUAGAGCUAUCUGCUAAUUUUUCUUUCCUUCUCCUCAAUAAACGAAACAAACACUAGGCAGCUACAUGUUUCUCCCAAUCAUGUCUCUCUGUGUAAAGACAGUAGCAUGCAAACACUUUUAGUUUUCAUCCCUCAUUCAUAGUGUAAAGCAGGAAAUGGUGUGGGAGAUGGGAGACCAAUCUGAGGUCAGCGGUAGCACAAAGGCUUCGCAGUAUUCCCUCCAGUGGCCAAGGGUUUUGUGUGUCAUCUGCAGGAGUGAGUAGGCCUGCUAUAUUUCUUUUAAGUGCUGGGUGUUAAAAAAUAAGUUACAAUCUUUUACACUUAAAAAAAAAAACAGAAGGAACAUUUGCUUUAUUGAUUACUCACUAGUUUAGCCUCUAGGUUAUGGCAUAGUAUGCUAAAAAGUCAUGUGUUUAAAAGUAAACCUUGGUAAAAUGCUCACAUCUGGUCCUGUUAUAUCGAUGCAUUUUCCCUUCUAAGGUCAUUGUCAUAGGAAAUGGACUGGUCUGAAGAGAGCUAGGCACAACACAAGCAGGGCAUUAGUUUGAAUGGGAAGUCAAUCAUAUUUGGUUUUAUGGCCUGGUAUAUUUUGAACUUAAGAUAAAAUGGGGAAAAAAUGUCAGAAAUGGUCCCUAUGCAUUUAUUUUCAUGGAUACCCUUGAUUUCAUGGGCAUGCCUGAUAAUGAACUAUGUUCUAACUGGAGCUUAGGGCUUAUUUUAGAUAUUGGAGUGUAGCUUUAUUACAGAUGGAUUUUAUCUUUCAACAUUGCAUUUUGAUCAACUUUGUAUAUUCAUGUGUAUUAAAAUAUUGUGCACUAAAUGUUUUGCCCUCAUUUGCUGUUAUAUGGUCAAGGCAUUUAUCAGCACUAUUGUGAUGAACUCAUGUAAAUGGCAUGGGUCAGGGAAAAUUAUUUCCUACUUUUCUGCCUAAUUAAAUUUCUGUUUUCCAGUAUUACAUUAAUUUAUUUUUGGCUUCCAUUUCUGUAUAACCAAAAUAGUUACUGUAUUUGUGUGGCAUUCCUAUUAUUUUGUUGCUAAAAGUAUUGUAGUUUUUAUUUAAAAUAAUCUGUACCUUAAUUUUUUUUAAUGUAACCAAUUCAAGCACUUUAAGCAAUAAUGUCAAUCUUGUGAAAUUUUAAUCGGUUUAACACCCUUCCUCUAAAAUUGUUUGCAAAAAAUAAAUAAAUGAAUAAAAUGGGAAUUCUCUUCCUAGAGAAUUAUAUCCGGGUAAUGCUACACACGUGGACUUAAAAUUCUUUUUAUAAAGUGUGAGUCAGUGGCAGGUCUUAUGUCCAAGUAAUUAUUACAAACUUAAUUUUGAAGCAAUGAAAAUGUUCAGAACAUUCUGGUCAUUAUAAUAUAUAAAGGCAGCAUUACUCUCAAGGUUGAUAAAAUCAGUGUUCUGGAGAUAACUCAUCACUUUUUUGAGUAAAAAGAUCAACUGAAUUUAAUUCAGGAAACGGUAUCUGGGCAAUAGCAAAUUGAGAAUAUCAGUGAAAAUAAGUUAGGGAUAAUUGGGCAUCACAGUGAAUUUCUUUUUCAGGACUUUGCAUAUAAAAUCCUCUUAGCCAGCUAUGAGAUGAAAGAUCCAUUCCCCAAAUAAGGAGACGGCUUCCAGCCUCUGGUUUUAGGAAGGAGUAGGAAUGUGAUUGGUCUCUGGUAUCUGGAUAGCCAGCCCACUUCUGGGCCUGUUUCUGAGUCAUGCGGGACCCACAGCUUCAGAAAUCCUCAGCUGGGUUCACACCACUCUCUGCCCCAGAAGCGUGGCAGGCACAGGUCCAUGCUGGCCUCAGUGAAGCCUACAGUCAUCAUGGGUAGGGCUUCUUUUUCCCACAGAUGCCUACCCAGGGCACCUGUGGGUGGACAGCAUUGUCAUCUGAAUACAUGCGUGGGCCCAAUUAUGGGAAUAAUUGGGAACCUCAUAGACCAAGAGCAGGGAAUGUGCCAGUAAGUCUUGAGUCUCCCAGCUGCUGUCCAUCUUUUGAGGCAGUUCAUUUGAACUGGACUGAGCUGGAACAGAGACUGUUGGGAAAGCCAUAUCUGUCUGCCGUGAAUGCCAAAGGAAGAGAAGACUUUCUUGAGAAUGUGUUUUUCUUUCCUUGGCUUCACAUUGUCAAUGGUAUUUAUAGGAUAGGCCUGUCACAAGCAAGGUGACACAAUGUCUAGAGAAGGUAUUUCCCCAUUUCUUCGUUUCCUUUCCUCUCUUUUUAUCAAUACCUAAAAUACCUUUACUAAAAAAUGGAGCCUUCCAUUUUCAUUGCCUUAUAUUUACAUAAAGAUAAAAAUAUGGGGCCGGGUGCAGUGACUCAUGCCUGUAAUCCCAGCACUUUGGGAGGCCAGGGUGGGUGGAUCACUUGAGGUCAGGAGUUUGAGACCAGCCUGACCAACAUGAUUAAACCCCGUCUCUACUAAAAUUACAAAAAUUAGCCAGGCAUGGUAGCAGGCGCCUGUAACCCCAGCUACUUGGGAGGCUGAGGCAGGAAAAUCACUUGAAUCCAAAAGGCAGAGAUUGCAGUGAGCUGAGAUUGGGCCACUGCACUCCAGCCUAGGUGACAGAGUGAGACUCUGUCUCAAAACAAACAAAAAAUAUUUGCUAAGUCAUUGUAUUUGUCCAUCCUAGCAGUCCUGUAAAGACAUACCUAAGACUGGGUCAUUUAUGAAGAAAAAUUUAAUUGGCUCAUGGUUCUGUGAGCUGUAUAGGCUUCUGUUUUUUGGGGAGGCCUCAGGAAACUUACAAUCAUGGCAGAAGGCAGAGGGGGAAGCAAGCUCAUCUUACAUGGCAGGAGCAGGAGGAAGAGCAAAGUGGGAGGGGUUACACACUUUUUUUUUUUUUUAAGAUGGCAUCUCACUCUGUCACCCAGGCUGGAGUACAGUGAUGCGAUGUCAGCUCACUGCAACCUCCGCCUCCUGGGUUCAACAGAUUCUCCUGCCUCAGCCUCCUGAGUAGCUGGGAUUACAGGCAUGAGCUACCACACCUGGCUAAUUUUUGUGUUUGAAGUUUCCCCAUGUUGGCCAGCCUGAUCUUGAACUCCUGACCUCAGGUGAUCCAUCUGCCUCAGCCUCCCAAAGUACUGGGAUUAUAGGCAUGAGCCACCUUGCUCUGCUGGGGUUACACACUUAAACAACCAGACCUUGUGAGAACUCAGUCACGAGGCAGUACUGGAGGAUGGUGCUAGACCACCUGUGAUCCAAUCACCUCCCACCAGUCCCCAUCUCCCAACACUGGGGAUUACAGUUCAACAGGGGGUUUGGGUGGAGACACAGAAAAAAACCAUAUCAGUCUUUUUCUUUUUUUUUAACUGAGGGAAAACUUUGGUUGUGGGGUUAGUACUAAAGAUAGCCCACGUAGACUUUUCCAGAAGAUGUCCCAGAUGGGGAGAUUUUUAAUUAGUCAUUUAUUUGGCAACUAUUGCAUUCUAGAAAUUGUGAUAGGAGCUGAGGGAUAAAAAGGUGACACAGAUUGGGUCCGUCUUAAAGACUCAUUUUUUUGCCUCAGAAGACAAGUCUGGGUGAAAAAGAAAUUAAAAUUUUUAAGUUAUGGAAAUAACACGUGUUGGGGGAACACCUUGUAAUUCAGCACAGUUUGGUAUUCAGCCCCAGCCUCACUGGGCAGAUGGCGCUGUUGGAUGAAGCUGUCCCGUCCUUUUUCCUGGCAGCCCCAGGCUGCCUGCUAGCUCCUAGGGACAACGCAUUUUGAAAAACAAAGAAUAAAUCGAUUACGUUGCAGCAUCACAUUUUGCCUCUUACUUUUCAUGUUAAGAGCCAGUAUCGUGAAAGCCUCAACAGUGGGUUUUAUGAAUGAAAUUAUUUCUAAACAAUCUCUUCACAUUAGGACCAAAUAAUCAGAGCCCAUCUAGAGUUACCAAAAUACAAUAGGGCAUAAGUGAUUUUAUUGGUGUAUCAGCCUUCAUUUGCUUUUUAAGGUUCCUUUAUGUUUGUUUUUUUGUUGUUUGUUUGUUUGUUUUUGAGAGGCUCCCUGUCUCCAGCCUUGAGUGCAGUGGCUUGAUCUUGGCUCACUGCAACCUCCACCUCCCAGGUUCAAGCGAUUCCCCUGCCUCAGUCUCCCGAGCAGCUGGGACUACAGACACACACCACCAUGCACAGCUAUUUUUUGUAUUUUUAGUAGAGAUGGGGUUUCACAAUGUUGGCCAGGAUGGUCUUGAUCUCCUGACCUUGUGAUCCACCUGCCUUGGCCUCCCAAAAUGCUGGAAUUACAGGCCUGAGCCACUGUGCCCAACCAGUUCCUUUAUGUUUUAAAGUGAGUUGAACAAAAGACAUUAGGAGCUUACAAAGGAAAAAUAACUUCAUUUUGGUUAGGAGAUACCAGAGUCAGAAAUGACAUUAAAUUGUGCAGAAAAGACUUAUAAUUGUGUGCUUAUCUUCCACAUGAUUAUAAUAAAACAUGUAUUUACCGCCUUGGGGGGAUCAUACUUAGGUUGUCAGUUCCUUGGAGGCAUCUUUCACUUUUUUCUCUCCCAAGAGUGAGAGAAAGAGUGAGGUUGUACUUUAAGGGAGUGUGGAAUUCUGUAGAAGCUCUUCAUGGAAAAGGAGUUCGGGCACUUGCAUUGUGGGUUGCAGUCCAAUUCUGUUCUUAUUUCCUCGAAGUGUAAGGGAGCUUUGAGAAGAAAACAGACUUGUAUCUAACUUGGCUAGAAGUAAAAUAAUUUGAUGGCUGAAGCCACCAUAUCUAUGUAUUUGAUCAAGUCCUCCUCUGGAAUCCAGUGCAGCUGCAUUUACAUUUCAGUCUCUCUUAAUGGACCUUGUUGGAGAGAAUAUUCUGUGCUAAGAAAAUGGAAAAUAAAUGCAAGAAAACUUUAGGAGUGAGCCUUCAUGCCUCCUGCAGCAGGUGAGAGCUCUGUGCUUAGAGCUUGUCUCCAGGUUGAGAAUUACCUGUUUCCACUCCGAGGGGAUUAGAAAGAUACUUUUUUAAUGGGUUAUAAAACUUGUGAAGGAGAGACUCAUUCUAUUGGCCUUCUCCACCUCUCCUGUGAAAUAAAUUGUUUGAAAAUUCUUUGAAGAGAAA